ACGUAAACAAAACAAUUAAUUGAAAAAAAAUCGAAAACCUUGUCGGCGUACUCCAAAACGCGUAUCUCCAAAAAGUAUCCACAGUUUUCACUUGAUAUCAUCAUGACAAAGUUAUUUGAAUGGCUUAUGGCUGCGGCCUGUUUCCUGAGUGUGUACUUUGCAAUAAUUCUGCGGCAAGUUAAGCACCCGCUGCUGGAUCAGUACAUGUUGGAAAUUCAGCUCUCUCCGAUCUUCCUGCUGAUUCUGUUCGGUCUGUAUGCCGCCACCGUCGUGCUGUACCGUACGUUUACCUUCAACAACUGCGAGGAGGCUGCGAAAGAGUUGAUGGAGCAAAUCAAGGAAGCCAAGGCUGAUUUGCGAAGCAAAGGACUGGUGCUUAGUGACUAGCAUUCCGUGCGUGCAUUAAGUUUGUCUUGUAAAUAAAGUGACUGCCCAUCGAAA